AUGGCCACUCCAGGAAACCUCUACGUCACCAUGCAGCCGCAUCCCGGCCUCUCCCUCGACCAGUUCCACGAAUGGUAUAACAACGAACACGGCCCAACACGCCUGCGCAUCCCCCAAAUCUUCACAAACGGCCUCCGCUACCGCGCAACAGAUGGAAAGACUCCAGAAUAUCUCGCCGCAUACGACGUCACCGACAUGGCGCUCCUCGAGACCGAGACGUACUUGACACUGCGUGCCAACCGCUCGCCCAGAGAAGCCGCUACGAUCGGACAAGUCGACGUCGCGCGGUACUUCUACGAUCUCGUCCACGUCACGGAAUCCCCUCUCUUCAUGCCCAUAGAGAAGUUGUCAGACGAGGAAGCCAGCGGCCUCGUGGCCAUCACCACCGAAGUCACCCUCAAGGACCACCCCGACGCAAGCGCCCUCUUCGAGAAGUGGUUCGUCGAGGAGCACGUCGGCUUCCUGUCCAAGGUCCCCGGUUGGCUGCGGAGCCGCCUCUUCAAAACGUCCAGCCUCGAGCCAAACCAGCCCACAAAGUACCUCUCCUUCCACGACUUCGCCAAGGACAACGGCCUCGCUGCCGCAGAGCAAAAAGCCGCCACCGACAGCUCCUGGAAAAACGACGACUUUGACAAGUCCGUCGCGUCCAGGAAUAGACGCACGUACUCCCUCUUCUACACAUUCGGCCCAGCUCCGCGCGACCUCGAUCCGUUGUCAAGGCUCCCAGAAUCCGCAUCAUUCACUUCCGCCGACGGCAAAACAUCCACCAUCGCCGGUCCGAAUCCCACCAUCUCCUCCUUCAUUACCACUCAAGACUCCCUCGCCAUUCCCUACCGUCUCGAAGGGAACUCCUCCCCCGACGCUCCCACAGUCGCAUUCUGCAACUCCCUCCUCACAUCCCUCCACAUGUGGGACGCCUUCAUCGCCAUCCUCAAGACGCACCGCCCCCAUCUCCGCAUCCUCCGCUACGACACCCGCGGCCGCCACGCCAUCCCCCAGCCCCCCGUAUCAGCAACCCUCGACACCCUCGCAGACGACCUCCUCACCAUCCUCGACGCCCUCCGCAUCCCCAAACUGGACACCCUCGUAGGCGUAUCCAUGGGCGGCGCCACGGCCCUCAAAUUUGCCCUCAAAUACCCCUCCCGCCUAUCCAAACUCAUCGCAUGCGACUUCAACGCCGCGUCCUCCCCCUCAAACACCCAGGCAUGGAAAGACCGCGUCGCCAUCGCCGAGCAAGACUCCGGCAACGGCAUCAAAACCCUCGCCGACCAGACCGUCGCCCGCUGGUUCCACCCGUCUUCCAUGGAGAACCCCGACCUCGUCCGCACCAUGACUGACAUGGUCGCCGCCAACAACGUCGAGGGCUUCAAACACAGCUGCACAGCGCUCUCCGACUACGACAUGAAGCCUGACAUGCCUGCGUGUUCUGUAUCAGGCCUGUUCGUUGUGGGAGAGGGCGAUGCAAAGGGCGCCCUGGUCAAAGCAAUGGACGGCUUCAAGGGCCUCCUCGGACCAAGCGGGACUCAGCUCAAAACUGUUCCCAACACGGGGCAUUUGCCCAUGUUUGAGGACCCGCAGGCAUUUUGGGAAGUUGUUCAAGACUUCAUAUAA